AUGGAUGCCAUGAGCCAUGCAUUACGCCAAGCUGCUAGAUCGCCGUUCUCGAGUGACAUUGAACGGGCCCCUAUGCCAAGCAAAUUUACGUGGCCACCGUUCAACUCUUAUGAUGGGAAAACUAACCCGGUAGAACACGUAAGCCAUUAUAUUCAGAUGAUGUCCUUACAUACUUAUAAUGAUGCACUAAUGUGUAAGGUAUUUCCCUUGAGUCUUGGGCCCACCGCCUUAAGGUGGUUCAAUGGAUUAAGGAAAGGCUCAAUUCACAGUUUUGCUGAGCUGAUUCAAGAGUUUAGCGUCCAGUUUAUGACCUGCAGCCGAGUUCCGCAACCCGUGGACGCAUUGCUAUCAAUGAAAAUAGGAGCUGGGGAAACCCUUCAUAGCUACGCUAACCGCUAUUGGAAGUUGUACAACAAGAUUGGCGGAAGCAAUGAAAAAAUCACGACGAGUACUUUUCAGUUGGGAUUGCCCGAGGAUUCUAAAUUGCGAGACUCGUUGACGAGGAGACCACCCGAAGAUAUGAGGCAGUUGAUGAGGUGCAUUGAAGAAUAUAAAAGUUUAGAGGAUGACUGGCAGUAG